GCGCUGGCUCGGGCUUGGCAGCCUCGUGCCGGUGCUCUUGGCGGCUGUUUGUUUUCCCACCAUUUCCAGCGCCUCGUGAGAGAACCGGAUGGUCUGAGAGCUGAAGCGCGGGAUCCCGAGCUGAAUGGAUUGGUUUCAUUGCAACCAGUGUUUCCGAAAGGAUGGGGCCCAUUUCUUUGUCACCAGCUGUGGCCAUAUUUUCUGUAAAAAGUGUAUGACUCUGGAAAAAUGUGCUGUUUGUGGAAGUCGUUGCAAGCACCUGGCUCUUUCUGAUAAUUUAAAACCUCAAGAGAAGAAGUUCUUCAAAAGCCCCGUGGAGACAGCUUCGCAGUGUUUCAGUCACAUCUCCCAGGUAUGGCGUUUCCAGAAGAGACAAACAGAUCUUCUUAUCACUUUUUAUAAGGAUAGAAUUACAAAAUUAGAAGCAGCUGUGAAGGAGGCUCAGCAAACAGUGACUAGCCAGAACAAAGAGCUAUCAGUCUUGAGAAAGGAGAAUGGAGAACUGAAGAAAUUUCUAGCCAUCCUAAAGGGAUCUCCAAGCAGUUACUACGGAAGCAGAUUAACCACACCUCGACCAGUGGGCAUUACUUCCCCAUCACAAUCAGUUGCUCCACGACCCAUUUCCCAGCAUAGCAGCCAAGUGGUCAGUCGCUCUUCUUCUAUGGAGUCCAUCCCUUAUACAGUGGCUGGCUUUGGUAAUGUGGAACAGGGACACAGAGGACUGCGGGAAAGGAGCAUUUCCAGAGACUCUUACACUGAAACCCCUUCCCCAGGUUCAACUCAUAGCCUCUCUUACAGACCUUCACCUGCCUCCUCUGGACAGGGAGUUUCUUUUAGACCAUUCCUCAGUGGGGACUCAGGCCACACAAGAGUCCUCACUCCCAACAAUUCUGGUCAGAGGGAGAGCAGAGCCACACCAGAGAAUCUUCCUGGUUUCCAUCUUCCGGCCUUACAGACAUUCUACCAACAGAGGCAGAUGGGAUUAGCCGGGAGAGAAGGAUGGAGCAUUUCCAGAUAGACAUCCCUUUUCCAGGUUUGAUCUAUGUUCUAGAACUGUGGAAUGCGCAAGUGGAGUUACAGCCUACUGUCACAACUGGAGCAUCAAUAAAUCCCACCAGUCUGAUGCUGGAAACCAUG